AUGUCUCAAGAAACCAAAAAAAUUGACAUAGACACAGACCUAACCACCAAUUCCUUACCGAUCACAAAACGCAAAAUCCCAAUACCAUUUUCCAUAGAAUCUUUGAUCUCCAAAGACCUCCAAAAGACGAAUUUACCAGAUAAACCUCCAAAUCUUCUCCAGCCCCAUGAGAAGCUGAUCAGCUCAAAUUUGCACCUGACCAAUAGGCUUUUUGAAAAUUAUCGGCUGUUUUGUGUCAAUCAGCAAUUUUACCCUGGAGCCAUAUAUCCGGCGAAUUUUGGAGGUGGAUUUUAUACUGAACCACCAGGAUGGAAUGGUGACACAGGAGUUGGUGCUGGUGGUGCAUUUUUGCCGGAAAGUAGGAAAGAUUCAGAGGACCAGGAGAGAAAUAUUGAUUCAUCAGAAAUCGACGACGACGACCUGGACAACUCGGAUUUGGACUCUGACGCCGAGACGUCUCCAAAACCACAAAAAAAUUCCUUGCAGUCUUCAUCAAUUUCACCAAAUAAAACAUCAACUCUCCAAUCAGCCUUAGGACAACCUGGUGCCACCAAUUCCAAAUCCAGGAGACGAAGAACUGCCUUCACCAGCGAACAACUUUUGGAAUUGGAACGAGAGUUUCAUGCCAAAAAAUAUUUGUCCCUUACCGAAAGAGGACAGAUCGCCACUGCUUUAAGAUUGAGCGAAGUACAGGUGAAGAUUUGGUUCCAAAAUCGUCGUGCCAAAUGGAAACGUGUCAAAGCCGGUUUGGGUGCUACAAAACAUCAUUUGGACAAUUCUGGAAGCCACAAUCGCCAACCUGGUGGUUCUACAGCUGGUGGUAUCCAAGAAUCUACAAAUAGUGCAAAUACCAGUCGUCCUAAAAUUGUGGUACCAAUUCCUGUACACGUCAACAGAUUUGCAGUGCGUUCAAGACAUCAGCAAAUGGAAAAAAGCCAGCAAGGUCUUCUUUUAACCAAACGAGAAUCCACUUUAGGUAUAAAUUAUUCAAGGACACCAUGUGACCCAAUACCAGGCAAACUAGGUCUUUUGAUACCGCCUCCAAGUUUAGGAGUUACCACGAAAUCUGAUAUGUUGACCGAGGAUUUGAGUUUGCGGAGACGAAAUUUGGUGAACGAAGGUAAUUUUUUGUUAAGACCUGCUGGCAGGAGGGAAGAUUUAACUGCCAGGAGGAAAAGUGAAAAUAGUGGGUUUAUGGCUAUUGAUAGAAGUAAGGCGUCUUUAUUCAAAAACACAUUUCAUAUUCAAAAUAUCAAAAUUUUAGAAAUUUCAAUAAAUUUUGACAGCAAAGGGUGCCGAGCAUGGUAG